CUCACUCCUCUGCUCCGCGCGCUGCCAUAGAGCCGCAGUACAAAGCCAGACACAGUGAAACAGAGAAAGCUUGAACAGAGAGUUUAACAGCAGCCGACUUGAACACUUCCUUAAACACCAUUGAAGAUAUUGAAGUCGAACCUCCGCGAAACCCUUUGUUCAAAAACCAAACAAACUCGUGACCAACAAGACGCUUUUCAGCUCAGCAGAAGAGGAGGCUUAGGUGAGUGGUCACCAUGGCACCCUUCCUGCGUAUCGCCUUCAAUGCUUAUGACUUUGGCGCUCUGCCUCCUCUGUCUGACCCUCCCAUCUGUGCCAUCAAGAUGAAGGAGUCUGUCAACACAGAGCGAGGAAAGACCUUGGUCCAGAGGAAGCCCACCAUGUAUCCAGCCUGGAAGUCCACUUUUGACGCUCACAUCUAUGAGGGGCGUGUCAUCGAAGUGGUCCUCAUGCAGAACACUGAGGAGCCAUUGGCCAAGGCCACGGUGGGCGUGUCUGUACUGGCGGAACGCUGUAAGAAGUCCAAGACCAACAGCCGUGCUGAGUUCUGGGUGGACAUGCAUCCUUCAGGGAGGGUCCAGAUGGCUGUACAGUUCUUCCUGGAGGACAGUGAUGCAGCAAUGUGUAAGCCAUCAGUGAAGCUGACUCCCGAGGAUGGAGUCACAACCCUCAACAGGAGGAGAGGAGCUUUCAAGCAGCCAAAGGUUCACAUUAUCAAGAACCACGAGUUCACCGCCACAUUCUUCGGACAGCCUACCUUCUGCUCUGUCUGCAGAGAGUUCCUUUGGGGGCUUAACAAGCAAGGUUACAAGUGCAGACAAUGCAAUGCGGCAAUUCAUAAGAAAUGCAUCGAAAUAAUCAUUGGCAGGUGCACUGGGACAGCGGCCAACAGUCGUGACACGUUGUUCCAGAAAGAGCGCUUCAAGAUUGAUAUGCCGCAUCGCUUCAAGUACUAUAACUACAAGAGCCCCACAUUCUGCGACCACUGUGGCAGUCUGCUGUGGGGUCUCUACAGACAGGGCCUUAAAUGUGAAGACUGUGGCAUGAACGUACAUAGUUACUGUCAAUCGAAAGUGGCCAAUAUGUGUGGAAUCAACCAGAAACUACUGGCAGAGGCUCUGUCUCAAGUCACCCAGAAAUCUAUGAAGAAGUCUGACUCCAAUGUAGCAGAUAUUGGGAUCUACCAAGACAUCCAUAGUGCAACAGCAGACCCUAGUGCAGAUGGCAAGGCGCAUGAGGGCUUGAGCCCAGCCCCAGCCACAGCUACAGUUCCCCGGGUACACCUCACCAUCAAACACCUGGUAUUCCACAAGGUGCUGGGAAAAGGCAGCUUUGGCAAGGUGCUGCUGGCAGAGCUUAAGGGGCAGGGUCAGUACUUUGCUGUGAAGGUUCUGAAGAAGGAUGUGGUUCUCAUGGAUGAUGAUGUGGAGUGCACCAUGGUCGAGAAGAGAGUCCUGGCCCUGGCCUGGGAGAGCCCCUUCCUCACACACCUCUACUCCACGUUCCAGUCUAAAGAGCACCUCUUCUUUGUAAUGGAGUACCUGAAUGGAGGCGACUUGAUGUUUCACAUCCAAGACAAAGGCCGCUUCGAUCUCAACAGAGCCACAUUCUAUGCUGCUGAGAUAAUAGCGGGACUGCAGUUCCUCCACUCAAAAGGAAUUAUCUAUAGAGAUCUGAAGCUGGACAAUGUGAUGCUGGACAAGGAUGGACACAUAAAGAUAGCGGACUUCGGCAUGUGCAAAGAGAAAGUGUUUGGAGAGGCCAGAGCCACCACAUUUUGUGGGACACCAGACUAUAUCGCACCAGAGAUCCUGCUAGGACAGAAAUACACCUUCUCCGUAGACUGGUGGUCUUUCGGUGUGCUGGUGUACGAGAUGCUGAUUGGUCAGUCACCUUUCCAAGGGGACGAUGAGGAUGAGCUGUUUGAGUCCAUCAGGUCGGACACCCCUCACUACCCUCGGUGGAUCACCAAGGAGUCCAAGAGCCUGCUAGAACUGUUGUUUGAGCGAGAUCCCAGUCGCAGGUUGGGUGUGGUGGGAGACAUCCGUGUGCACCCGUUCUUCAAAACCAUCAACUGGCCGGCGCUGGAGAAGAGAGAAGUGGAGCCUCCUUUUAAGCCCAAAGUGAAAUCCCCCAGUGACUGCAGCAACUUUGACCGAGAGUUCCUGAGCGAGAAGCCGCGGCUCUCCCAUGCAGACAAGAACCUCAUCGACUCCAUGGACCAGGCAGCAUUCGCUGGCUUUUCCUUCGUCAACCCCACAUUGGAAGAUAUGAUAAGCAAAUGAAAAAACAAAAUGGCUCCCCUGGGAACACGGUCUUAGGCCAGCACUUCGAAAUAGGCUCUUAUCCUAUUCCCUUUAUCUUCAUAUGGUCUAAGUUCAACUGGAUGGAUAACAAAAACAUAAAAAGAUUGGGGCUUGGCUAUGACUUAUUUAGUUCCUCUAUCAGAGGAUGAGAUUAAAUGAAACCAAGAUGUUUGCUGACGCCAGCAAAAAUCCUAUCAAACUGUAUAAAAGAAUAUAAAGCUCCAGGAAAUUAAGGUGGGUGGGGUGUAGUCAAUGAUGCAUUCUAUCUUUUCUUACUUUUCUGUCAUUUUUCCUUGUUAUCAUACUUUGAAUCUAUAUGAAUCAUCUAAUGUACUGUAUCUGAAAAUUUGUGUGUGUGUUUGUGUGUUGCCACAUGCAUACAAGUGUGUGGGUGUGUGCAGGUAUUUUUUUAAGAUGCAAAUGGUGCUACUGUAGUCGGUAACAUUGUCUGUUGUUGAAUGAAUCCUCAGUUGAUCCCUCUGGCAGACAGAUCUAGGCAUCAUAGAAAGAGUUGUACUAUAAAUUGGGGAAUUUAAAAUCCCUCUGAAUUGAAGUAAUGUUAUCACAGAACUGAUUAGUUUCCUCCCUCGCUAACUGUACUGUCUCGAGAAACUGGAGGUGCUCUAAGCACACCUCAGAGUCUCACAUACCCUCAAAAGAGUUAAUGUGUUUUUAAAUUUAGCACAGGAUUUCUACAUGGCAGUUUUAUAGUCUUUUGUGUGCCACUGGUGUCAAACUUCUUGCUGUACAUCAAACUGAAGCAUAGAGAAAACAAUGGUUCCAUACGUAACAUUAAUUUUCUGGGCUAUCAUCAGACUUACUGGAAAGUUGCAACAAUGGUAUGGUACUAUAGCUGUACAUCUAUAUGUGUUGAGGAUGUGUUAUUUUGUGUGGGAGGGAUGGGAAUUUCACUGUAAGCAGAGGGUUUUAUAUGUGUUGUAUUACUUGAAUAUAGGAAUUUUAACCUGAAAAUAAUAGUGCUGUAUAUGGAAAAUUAAUAUGUAUAUUACCAUAAGCUGUUAGGUCUAGGUGUACUUUUUUUACUCUCCUCAUCUUUUACAUCUGAUUAUAAAUAAAUACAGUGUAAACUUUAAA